AGCUGAGGAACUCAGUGGAGCCUGCUCCAAACUUCUCAGCUGUUGACAGGCUUGACUUGCUGAGAACACUGGUUAAAUAUAGAACAAGCGAGCUGAGCUCAACAAAGUCAUUGCUGUAACACUGUGUGAAGAGAGCAGAAGAGGGGAAAUACAAUCUGAGAACUAAACUGCCAAAGCCUAACACCACCUAGCAACAGUAGAAAAAACUUCUAAACAAAAGUCUGAGUGAGACACAGACAGAGUAUACCUCCUACUUCUCCUGCCUGGGAUUUCUGCAAGAAGCAGCUCCGGUCUUCUGUUCUUUACUGUGUUUCUUUCAUUACUUCAGCUGCUGGUAGACCUAGAAAAGUGGGAGAAGUUUCUCUCUCUGUGUUCUCCUGGGCUGGAUCAGGCUACUACUGUGGUAAUACUGUGGGACAAGCUACUGCGAUCUUGCGGUGUAAAGGAUAUAUUCCGGAGUUUGUGCUGUGGACAGGGAGCAGCAGGGACUCCGGUCAGCCUCAGGUGGGAGCAGCAGAGUGAUGGCACAGGGACACCACCAUCCUCAACUCCCUCCUCCCCUGUCCGGACCUAGAUUCUAGCAAAGCCCCUGCUCUGGAAGCAUCCCUCAACACAGGUAGCCAUGAGAUCCCGAAACCAAGGUGGAGAAAGCUCGUCUAAUGGGCACUUCUCCAGUUCCAAGCCUGUCAUCAGCCAUGCGGAGAAUGAAAAACUUCAGGAGGAAGCCAAGAAAAAGAACAAACCUCAUCGGAAGGAAGAUGAGAUCAUGGUUUCAGCAACUGUCAAACGGCACUCAAAAUCACCUGGACCUACUGAACGAAAGAACAAAAAGUCCAUAGAAUUUUCUAAAGAGGACUUGAUAAAGCUCCUCAGUAUAAUGGAAGGAGAACUGCAGGCAAGGGAGGAUGUGAUCCACAUGCUGAAGACAGAGAAAACCAAACCUGAAGUUUUAGAAGCUCAUUAUGGGUCUGCAACUCCAGGAAAUGUGCUGCGAGUGCUACACAGGGAUGCCAUCCUUGCCCAAGAAAAGUCUAUAGGGGAAGAUGUCUACGAAAAACCAAUUUCAGAGCUUGACAGACUUGAAGAAAAGCAGAGAGAGACGUAUCGGCGCAUGCUGGAACAGCUCCUGUUGGCAGAAAAGUGCCAUCGCCGCACAGUUUAUGAGCUAGAAAAUGAGAAACAUAAACACACAGAUUACAUGAACAAAAGCGAUGACUUUACCAACCUCUUGGAACAGGAGCGGGAGAGGUUGAAGAAACUUCUUGAGCAGGAGAAGAUCUAUCAAGCCCGGAAGGAAAAAGAACAUACAAAGAGACUCAAUAAGCUAAGAGAAGAACUAGUCAAACUCAAAUCAUUUGCACUCAUGCUGGUGGAUGAAAGACAAAUGCAUAUUGAACAACUUGGGCAACAAAGCCAGAAAAUACAGGACUUAAAUCAAAAACUAAAGGAAGAAGAAGAAAGGCUUAAGAUUAUUAGUGCAAAAACAAAAGAAGAUGGGCAAAAACUGAUGAAGUUAGAGGCAGAACUUGAACACAAAACAUCAUCAUUUUCUCAAGAACAUGAGGAGAUGACUGCUAAACUGGCUAAUCAAGAGUCACAUAAUAGACAGUUAAGGCUUAAGCUAGUGGGAUUAACUCGCAGAAUAGAGGAGCUAGAAGAAACUAACAGAAAUCUUCAAAAAGCUGAAGAGGAACUUCAAGAACUAAGAGAUAAAAUAGCAAAAGGGGAAUGUGGGAACUCUAGCUUAAUGGCAGAAGUGGAAAACCUCCGGAAGCGUGUGCUUGAAAUGGAGGGGAAAGAUGAAGAGAUCACAAAAACUGAAUCCCAGUGUAAAGAGCUGAAAAAUAAGCUGCAAGAGGAAGAGCACCACAGCAAAGAGUUGAAACUUGAAGUAGAGAAACUGCAGAAAAGAAUGUCGGAACUAGAGAAGCUAGAAGAUGCUUUCAGUAAAAGCAAGUCUGAAUGCGCCCAGCUACACUUAAACUUGGAGAAAGAAAAGAAUUUGACAAAGGAUUUGAUAAAUGAGUUGGAUGUGGUGAAAACUCGAGUGAAAGACCUUGAGGCAUCAGAAAGCAAGUUGGAAAAGGCUGAAAUAAGCUUAAAAGAUGACCUUACAAAGCUGAAGUCAUUUACUGUAAUGUUGGUUGAUGAACGAAAAAAUAUGAUGGAAAAAAUAAAACAGGAGGAGAAGAAGGUUGAGGGUCUAAGCAAGAGUUUCAAAGUUGAACAAGGGAAAGUUAUGGAUGUAACAGAGAAACUGAUAGAGGAAAGUAAGAAAUUUUUGAAACUGAAAUCUGAAAUGGAGGAAAAAGUGUCUAGUUUGACAAAGGAAAGGGAUGAGUUAAUUGGCAAACUGAGAAGUGAAGAAGAAAAAUCCUCUGAACUAAGCUGUAGAGUUGACCUGUUAAAGAAAAGAAUUGAUGGUAUAGAGGAAGUAGAAAGAGAAAUUACAAGAGGUCGAGUCAGGAAAGGACCAGAGCAUGGUUGUCAUGAGGACAACAAGAUCAAAGAACUUACAGUUGAAAUUGAGAGACUGAAAAAACGCCUCAAACAAUUGGAAGUGGUUGAAGGAGAUUUGAUGAAGACAGAAGAUGAAUAUGAUCAGCUAGAGCAGAAAUUUAGGACUGAGCAGGAUAAAGCUAACUUUCUUUCUCAACAGCUCGAGGAGAUGAAGCUCCAGAUUGCCAAAACCAAAGCAAUAGAAAAAGGCGAAGCAGUGAGCCAGGAGGCAGAGCUGAGGCACAGGUUUCGUCUGGAAGAGGCUAAAAGCAGAGAUUUGAAAGCAGAAGUUCAAGCUCUUAAGGAAAAAAUCCAUGAGCUGAUGAACAAAGAAGACCAGCUUUCUCAGCUCCAAGUUGAUUAUUCGGUUCUGCAGCAAAGAUUUGUGGAAGAGGAAACUAAAAACAAGAGCAUGGGGCAGGAAGUUCUGAACUUAACGAGAGAGCUGGAGCUUUCCAAGCGUUACAGCCGUGCUUUGAGGCCCAGCAUAAAUGGACGAAGAAUGGUCGAUGUUCCUGUGACAUCCACUGGUGUGCAAACAGAUGCAGUAAGCAGUGAAGCAGCAGAAGAAGAAACUCCAGCAGUGUUUAUAAGGAAAUCCUUCCAGGAGGAGAACCACAUCAUGAGCAAUCUGCGACAAGUAGGUCUGAAAAAACCCAUGGAGCGUUCUUCCGUGCUUGAGAGAUAUCCUCCAGCAGCGAAUGAACUUGCAAUGAGGAAAUCUUGGAUACCGUGGAUGAGAAAGAGGGAAACUGGGGCUCAGGCAACUCCUGAUAAAGGAGCCCGAACCCACAGCAGUCCAGCGCAUCCUGGGGAGGUUGUCCUUUCACCAAAGCAGGGUCAACCUCUUCAUAUUCGGGUGACACCAGACCAUGAGAACAGCACAGCUACUUUGGAGAUAACCAGUCCAACCUCAGAGGAAUUUUUUUCAAGUACCACUGUCAUUCCUACUUUGGGAAAUCAGAAGCCACGAAUAACCAUCAUUCCCUCUCCCAACGUUAUGCCCCAAAAAGGGAAAGGCAGUGAAAGUCCCUUGGGCCCUGAUCGUUCUAUGUCUCCAGUCACUAUAACGACAUUCUCCAGGGAAAAGUCCCCAGAGGGAGGGAGACCACCCUUUGCUGACAGACCUGCGUCACCCAUUCAGAUUAUGACAGUAUCAACAUCUGCAGCACCGGCAGAAAUCUCUGUCUCUCCACAGUCACAAGAUAUGACCAUGGGAAGGGCUGUCUUCAAAGUAACACCAGAAAAACAAACUGUCCCGACUCCAAUCCGCAAGUACAAUGCCAAUGCCAACAUUAUUACAACAGAAGACAACAAAAUCCACAUCCACUUAGGUUCCCAGUUUAAACGUUCUCCCAGUGCUGCACCUGAUGGUGCCAGCCCUGUGAUAACAGUCAGACCAGUCAAUAUAGCAGCAGAGAAAGAAGUUGUGACCGGUACUGUCCUUCGAUCACCUCGGAACAACAUAUCCUCAAGACCUACAGCAAGCAAGGUGACAAGUACUAUCACUAUAACGCCUGUUACAACGUCUUCCACACGAGGAACACAGUCAGUGACAGGACUGGAUGGGUCAUCCCCGAGACCUACACCCACCCGCAUUCCUGUGUCAAAAGGUAUGAAAGCAGGAAAGCCAGUAGUGGCAGCCCCAGGAGCAGGAAAUGUGACAAAAUUCGAGCCUCGUGCCGAGACUCAGUCUAUGAAAAUAGAACUGAAGAAAUCUUCAGCCAGCAGCUCUGCGUCCCUAGGCGGGGGUCAGGGCUGAUGGCGGUGGCUCAGGGGAGAGUGUCAUCAUUCACCAGUUACGCAUGAACUCUAGAUGAGUUACCGCCCCCACUAUACGCUCUCUGUGUGCACUGCCCUCCUUGCCAGUUGGAUGGAUCACUGUAGGAGCUCUCUACCAUCAACACCAGGGUCACUUGUGCUACUGAUUAUUCAUGGAAAUACUUAUUCCUUCCGUUAAGAUUUUAUAUAUUUUUUCUUGGUAGAGCUUUAAGAAUGAAGGGCUUUGCUGACAUUUUGAAAGUAUAUAGUCAGAGAGAAGCAGUCUUUCUGCCAGCUGAAUUUCACUUUUAUUUGCAAAGCCUAACGUACGUGCUUGAUUUUGUUUGAUGUUUGCCAUAUAAUUUAUUUUUAUAAUACACUUUGUAAAGUAACUGUCCCAAAGUUGCAAUUCUUGUCAUCCAUGGCGCAUUUAUUUGUAGAAUACACUGUCAAAUUCGCUAUUGGAUAUUUUUGUAAUAGAUAAGAGUAUGUAAAGAAAGAAAAAUUUAACUUCAACAAUUGUUUGUGUUUAAGUGGAAAAAUAUUCAGCACAUUGUUUUGCCACCAUGAAAUUCUGUGAGACUAAAUACUAUGAAGACUGCUGUAUGGAAUUUGUACUGUUGCAGAAUAUUUCUUGCACUGUGUGAUGGGUUGGCUUAAAAUUAAGUAUUCAAGUCCAAUGCCUUGAAAUACAACCAGAUUUACUCAUUUUAAACAAUGUAAGCCAGUUUUUAAAGCUGUGAUUUUUUUCUAUAUAAUGUAUGUUUUUACUUCUGCCUGUACCAAAAACGUUGAUUUUCAUUACACUGUAACUAAUAAAUUUUCACAACUAUGCAAAUGUAAUCAAGUGUUUGAAUUUUAACUCUUAAUUUCUUAAGGUUGACAGUACUUGUAGAUGUGGUUUUUUACAGGGAGAGAAUCUAUGGCUCUGGAAGUUCCUUUUUGGAUCAGUAUUUCACUGUGGUAUCACCACGAUGUACAGAGUAAAACUGAUUCAGAUGCUGAGAUAUGGAGAGAAAUCCAUCGCCAAGCCCCUAAUAUCUUAACGUUUUCUAACCUUGUGCUUUCACUGCACUGGCAGAGAUGUCCAAUUGGUAUGAUCAGAAUACACAUCCCUGGACUCGUAGGAUUGUGUAAAUGAGAUGCCAUGCACUCUGCCAUACGCUGAAGGGCACAUUUUACAGUGGUGGCUGUAGCUUUUCAAAUAGCAUCCAGGGAGUCCUGUGGCAGAUCUACUUAAAAUGAUUUUUGAAUGAAUUAUAUAUAAAGCUGGAUACAACCCAGGCAAGGUCAUUUCUUCUUGUAUAUUUCACAAUGAGUUAUUUUUAAUCUAAGUCACUGGCACAUAUAUAAAAUACUGGAGAUUUUUUUAAUUGCAGAAGCUACUGGGAAAAACCACUUUUUGGGAGGGAAAAUGGUGUUGCUUGUAGGAGAUACACCAUGGGAUAUCAGAAAGAGAGCACUAACUCAGUGUCCCACAGAGAUGAGGAGGUCAAUUCAUCUUUGAAGCUGUAAUAAUGCACUGCUGUGUAGUCAAUUUGAACUUCAUGGUUUAGUUUGCUUGCUAGCAAUAGGAGAUUUUUUUUUUUUCCUUCUAGAUAUGAGUUCUGCAGCAAAUGCUGACAUUGUAGAGAGGCAGGAUAUUCUGGGACCUGUAUAAACUUUCUUGGAGUUGAUCUGCAUUGUAAAAUUUGCUAAUACAGUUAUGCUGAGUAAUCAAAAUAAAUGCUGCUUAUCCUUGCAAAAUAGUAAUUUUGUUGGUAUAAUUUAUGCUUCAGCUGUUAUGUGCAGUUUUUCAGUGGUUUGAGCUUUUUUUCUUUAAGGCAGACAAUGUAUGCUAAUAGCAUAGCUGUGUCUAUAGAUCAUACCUUACAGCGAGUCCAGCUUUCAUAGAGUAAUACAGCUGCGGCAAAUAAAGUUUAAUAUGUGCCACAUUUCAAUUUACUGCACAGUAGAAUAAACAUUGUAAUGACCCAGAUCUUCUAUUUUCCAAGCAUUACUUGCAAAUCAAAACCUAUCCAUGCUAAGAACUACGUUGAGCUCAUUUGGAAUGAAAUUGCUGGCUAUUUGAAAAUGACAAUGACAUGCCUGAAAUAAACUUCAGCUUUUAAAUGUGAGUAAGAUAUAAAUAAAACCUUAUUCUGAAAUUGAGUCUAAAUUUAAAAGGUCCCAAUCAACAUAGAAAAUAUUUUUCCUUGUCUAGAUUUUAAUAACAAGCUGAUUCAGUAGGAGUGUAUGUGUAAGUUGUCCCUUUUUGGUUUACGAUUCCUAAACAAAUAGAUAAAUAUUUACGGUUUUGCAAAUAUAUUACAUUU